AUGUCUUUGCACAAAACGGCGACUGAAAAGCUCGUCGUCACCUUACGUCGCGGGUUAGCUGGAAAGCGAGACACGAUUAAACUCACCUGUAUAGCUUUAGGAUUGCGUAAACCUCGAGCGUCGAGAGUCGUCCCGAACACGAGCACGACUCGAGGACAGAUCGAAAAGAUCAAACAUUUAGUCAAAGUGGAAACGGAAACCGCGUUUCUGAAACGAUUGGAAAGGAAGGAGAAGAAGUUUAGCCUGCGACCGGAAAUUGUCGUCGAACAUUAA